AUGUCCCCAUCCGAUGAAUAUCGCGAUCUUCCCAUUUCGGCAUCCGGAGAGGGCAUUUCGCUGUACGUCCACGUACCCUUCUGCCUGAGCAAGUGCCCGUAUUGUGAUUUCAACACCUACCAGGGUAUCGAGUCCCAGUUUGAGGACUUCCUCACCGCCGCCAUACGGGAGAUAGCCGCCUGGUCCGUGGCGCUCGGUCGGCCAACCGUCAACACGAUUUUCCUGGGCGGGGGCACGCCUUCCUACCUGCCCGAUGGCGACGUGGCCCGCAUCCUGGACGCCAUCGCCUGCAGCUACGGGGUUCGCGCCGACGCCGAGAUAACCGCGGAGUGCAACCCCAACGACCUCACUCCCGCCAAGUGCGCCGAACUCCGGGGCGCCGGUAUCAAUCGGGUCAGCAUUGGUGUGCAGAGCAUGGACAACGGCCUGCUAUCCAUGCUGGGGCGCCGCCACGACGCCGCUGAGGCUGCGGAGGCGUUGGGCCGUUGCCGCCGCGCCGGUUUCGACAACGUGAGCCUGGACCUGAUGUACGGCCUGCCGCAUCAGUCGCUGGCCCAAUGGCGGGACACGGUGGGGCAGGUCGUUGCGCUGGCGCCGGAACACCUGUCCCUCUAUUCCCUCACGCUGGAGGAAGGCACCCCCCUGCGCCGCUGGGUACAGCAGGGUCGCCUGCCCGAGCCCGACCCUGACCUGGCUGCCGAUAUGUAUGACCACGCUCGCGCCGCCCUGGCCGCUGCCGGCUACCAUCACUAUGAGAUCAGCAAUUGGACGCUGCCCGGGCGAGACUCGGAGCACAACCUGGCUUACUGGCGGAACCUGCAGUGGCUGGGAGUUGGCCCGGGCGCCCAUUCGUCCCUGCGCGUCGGCGAGGUCGGGUCUGCCUGCCGGUUCUGGACCGUGCGGUCGCCCCGCGAUUAUGCCCGGCUGGGCCGGGAGUGGGCAACCAGCGCGGCUGAGGCCGGCGCGUGGCCGGCGAUGACCGUGGACCGCAUUGCGGCGGUCCCGACGGUCGACGGCUGGGAGGUAUCCGACGAGGCGACCACGGCCGCCGAGACCAUGUUCCUCGGCCUGCGCCUGCUGGACGGUAUGGACGUUGCCGCCGCCUCAGCGCGCAUCGGCAUCGACCUGUCCGCCCGCUACGAGCGGGAACUGGCGGAGUUGACGGCCGACGGGUUGCUGGUGUGGGAAAGCGACGACCGGCUGCGGUUGACGGAGGAGGCGUACCUGGUGGGGAACCAGGUGUUCACGCGGUUUUUGGUGGAAUAA